UCCAAGCGUUGCUAUGCUGCUCGCUGCAAGUAUAUUAUUUGCUCAGGUCAGAGCUGCGACUUCUCAGAAACAGGGAAAUAGAAAUAUAUAUGUUAGACCUGUAGUAGGAUAUACUGUAUACCUUACAUAUGAAAUUUGCAGAAGUGCAGUAUGUAUGUCUACCUCAUCAUCUCAGUCUUUAGCUUACAACGACACGUCACCUCAAGAAUAUUCCAACGCAGCAACGCUCAAAAAAUUCAUUUCAUAGUAUGCCAUGGAAGUU